AUGGAGAUGAAGAAGUCUUUUUCAGACACUGAGCGUGCGCUUAGGAGCUACGGCGCCGUGUCGCAAACGGCGUGGACAACGGACAAAGGAGGGCGCUGUCACUGUGACGUGUCCAUGGCCGAGAGCACCAUGUGUCCAGAAGAGAUUGAGAUGGAGAUGGCUCGGAUCCAACGCCUUAGGGAGGUCUUGGUGCGUCGGGAGUCUGAGCUGCGCUUCAUGAUGGACGACAUCCAGCUGUGCAAAGACAUCAUGAGUUUAAAACAGGAGUUGAGACAGAUUGUUGCAGUACCAGAGAAAGAUAAAAACAACAAAGACAAACAGCAGGAAGAGGAACUGAUUCUCAAGAUCCAUAAACUGGUGCAGAAGAGGGAUUUCUUGGUAGAUGAUGCAGAAGUGGAGAGAUUAAGGGAGCAGGAGGAGGACAAGGAGAUGGCAGAGUUCCUGAGACUAAAACUGAUGCCACUGGAAAAGAACCUCAAAGUCAAACAAAGUGAGCAAGUCCCAGAGCCUCCGCUGAACAAACCCUUCGUCACCAAAUCAGGUGUGGCUAUCAUUAAGGACUGCUGUGGCGCCACCCAGUGUUCCAUCAUGUAA